AUGGUUGAUGCCGAGCCUAUCCGAACUGUCCGUCCACACACGACCGUUCAGGAGGUGAUGACAGCGUCACCAUCAAAGCUGCGUGGAAAUGUUGCUGAGCAACUGACAGCCCAUCUUGUCAGUUGCAAGGUGCACGACGGAAAAUUAGAAGUGAACCCGGGCAGGCACGGCCGACCACAGGUCUACAUGAGGACGACAAAAGCCUCGGUGACAUCAGACCGUGCAAGCAGCAGAACUCUCCGCAGGCGCUCAACUGAGUUGGUGGAGGUUGAGCGUUCUGUCUGCGGUGGUGAGACUGGCGCCCGUGCACAACAGGUAGCUGGGCUAAAGCGCCUCACCAGCAAGGAGCAAGUGUCGCUACUGCGGGAUGCAGGCUUGACUCCAGCUACUCCUGCAGAAGGUUCAUUACUGGCCAUCAAAGCAGACCUCCAAUUACCUUGGAACCGACUUCGGAAACUGAAGAUGUGGCUGCAGAGUUAUGGGCUGAAGAUGGAGUCGGAGAGGAGAACCAGGGCCUUCAUCGCUAGCACCAUCCCGCAAUACAACAGCAAACUGGUCCCCAUGGCAUCAAAGGCUGGUGAUGUGGAGAUGGUGCCAAUGGUCUACUUUCCCAGCCUGAUUGACGUUAUCAUGAUCUACCUGAACUGGUACGCAGAGCAUGGCAAGAUGGCAGAGCACUCCAUCCCCAACGGUGAAGUCUGGCUCAAACUUGGAGGCGAUCACGGCGGCGGCACAUUCAAAUUUGUGAUGCAGGUUGCCAAUGUGCAGCAUCCAAACUCGCUGUUUAAUACCAUUCCAAUCUGCAUUUUCGAUGCACAGGACACACCAGCAAACCUGGAGAUAGCACUGGCACCAUAUCGCAAAGAAAUCAACGAACUGCAGACGACAGCUAGAUGGCACGGCAGGUCGUUCAGAGUUUUCUUCUUUGGAGACUAUGACUACCAGACGAAAGCAUACGGCCUCUCUGGAUCGAGUGGUGCCCGACCAUGCCUUCACUGCCUCUGUCAAAAGAAGGUUAUGGACCAUGCACCAUCAGAUCGCUCUGCUGAGGACUCUGUCAGCCGCACCUUGCAGUCACUGGCAGAUGACUUCGGAUCCUUCACGGAAAACGGCUCGAAGAUCAAAGAUGCGAAGAAGUUCAACAAUGUUGUGCGACCAGUGAUUUUGCAUAUUCCGGUGGAGAAUGUUGUCAUUCCGGCACUCCACUUGGAUUUGGGUAUCUUCCCAUGGAUGCUGAAAGCAUUCCAAGCGGAGCUGAAGGCAUUAGAUUUUCAGCUUGCCCGGUGCACUGCCACUGAUGCUCCCAUCACUGCUGCUCCAGUUAUCACAGCCGCUGCUGUCGUUGCCGAUGCUCCCGUUGCCGUUGCUCCCGCUACCGUUGCCGCAGCGGUUCCUCCCGCUGCUCCCGUUGCCGCUGCUGAUGGUGUCGUUACCGCUGCUCCCGUUACCGCUGCUCCCGUUACCGCUGCUCCCGUUACCGCUGCUCCCGUUACCGUUACCGUUGCCGAUGCUGUCGUUGCCGUUGCUCCCGUUGCCGCCGUUGCUCCCAUCACUGCUGCUCCAGUUAUCACAGCCGCUGCUGUCGUUGCCGAUGCUCCCGUUGCCGUUGCUCCCGCUACCGUUGCCGCAGCGGUUGCUCCCGCUGCUCCCGUUGCCGCUGCUGAUGGUGUCGUUACCGCUGCUCCCGUUACCGCUGCUCCCGUUACCGUUGCCGAUGCUGUCGUUGCCGCCGUUGCUCCCGUUGCUCCCAUUGCCGCUGCUCCCGUUGCCGCCGUUGCUCUCGUUGCCGUUGCUGCCGUUGCUCCCGUUACCGUUGCCGAUGCUGUCGUUACCGUUGCCGAUGCUGUUGUUGCCGUUGCUCCCGUUGCCGCUGCUGAUGCUCCUGUUGCCGCCGCUGAUGAUGCUGUUGCUUCCAAUGCCCGGGGCUUUGCUGAACUGAAGUCACUCCACGCCGAAGCCAGGAAGGCAGAGGAAGAGGUUGUGACCAUCACUGAUAAACUCCACUCGUUGCAACAGCAGCUUCAGUACACAGUCCUCUUCACUCCAGCUCAGCUGAACACAUCAGCUGCGGCAGUGGAAAUUGUCACUGAGCAUUUGCAGGCGCAAUGGAAAGACGCAGACGCUCGUCGUGCAGAGUUGGCUGAGAAGCUGAAAUCAGCAAUGGAGAGAAUCAACGUUAUUGAACGAAGCAAGAAUUUCGAAGGCCCCUGCUUAGCCAGUAUUGAGCCAAUCCUCCAGGAGCAGGGGAUAGAGCGGCAAGCCUACCAUGGAGGUGCGUUUGUGGGCAAUCAUGUUCACAAAGCCCUUCAACCUGCAACCGUGCUCGCAAUAGUGUCGGCUCCUGUCUCUGUUGUUGUCGAAAGGUGUCCGUCGUUGCUGCCCGAAGCAAACAGGAUCAAGGACACCUACAAGCAGCUAUUCAACCAAUACGCGUCCUGUACGGAGCAGUUCAGCCACUGCAACAGUAUGGAUGCGCAAAGCACCGACAAGCUGCAUGACUCAAUCACCAGCUUCAUGGCCACAUGCAGAGCAGCUGUAGUGGACAAGGGUCUUGGCCAUGUCACUCCGAAGCUACAUCUGCUUGAGUCCCACGUCGUACCGUCCAUCCGGAGAACUGGGGUCGGCAUUGGCUUGCUUGCCGAGCAAGGAAGCGAAAGCAUCCAUGCCCGCUUCAAUUCACUGGACCGACAUCAUCGUCCUAUCAGAAACUCCCUCAAUCGCCUGAAAUCAGUGGCUCAACAGCACCUCGUCACCACGCUUCCACAGCACGAGGCACUUCGCCCAGUCGCCAAGAAGAGGAAAGCAUCCACCCAGGACAAGUGA